UCAUUCGCACUACGCGGCUGAUGCUCUGGAGUGUAAGGAUGGACAAACUUCCUAAUGCACCCUCAUUUCCUUCUCGAGAGAUCCUUUUACUGAAAUGCUCUUUUAAAUGCUGGUUGGGUGCCAGGCACAUAGAUUAACAGUGGACACUGUCGGACAGACAAGAUUUCAAGUUACAGAGGAGAGAAAGGGACUCCUCUGAGGGAAGUUGAAGCUGUCCCAUCUGAUGCAAUUCUUUCCUUUUUUAUAUCCAUAACUUCUUUUUGGAUCAUUUUGGAGAAAGUGGACCUGAAAAUGGUGGGUGAGAGCUCUUCUAUUUUGUUUACCUUGUCUAAUCAGAUUCGUUGUUGAGGUUUCAUUUUUAGUGCAUUUUGUUUUGGUAAAAACUCAGCAGGUGUCUCAAUAUGCUGCACAUGGCCUAUGAUAACAGCAUAUAGUAGAUAGACUAUGGAUAUGCAUUAAAUGAGUGGCCAGGUUAUGUCUUUACUUUUUCGUCACCGAAUACAAAUCAAAAACUUUUAUCUAAUUUUUUUAAGUGUGCGACACCAAAAUGGCACUGAUUGAAAACUGCAGGACUUAUCAAUCGCCCAAGGACACUGGAUGUGCACAGAGUUCCUCUUCGGAUGUGGUUGAACUCAAUGUAGGUGGACAGGUGUACUUCACGCGCCAUGCCACGCUCACAAGCGUGCCAAAUUCACUGCUGGGAAAACUAUUCUCCAGUAAAAAGGACACCUCUAACGACUUGGCCCGGGACAUCAAGGGACGCUACUUCAUCGACAGGGACGGAUUUCUCUUUCGAUACGUUUUGGACUAUCUUCGAGACAAGACCGUCGUCCUGCCCGAUUAUUUCCCAGAGAAAGGGAGACUAAAAAGGGAAGCUGAGUUCUUCCAGUUGCCCGAGCUCGUUAAAAUCUUAAACCCAGAUGAUUAUGUCCACAGCGAUUUUGACGAUGCAUCCCAGGGAAGUGAUCAGAGAUUGUACCCAACGUCUUACCUGGACGCACGCGAUAGGCGCUACGGCUUCAUCACGGUGGGAUACAAGAGCUCGUGCACAUUCGGGAGGGACAACGAUCCAAAAGCUCGAGGAAUACCCAAAAUAUUCAUUUGCGGACGGGUCGGUCUAGCCAGAGAAGUUUUCGGUGACACGUUAAACGAAAGCAGGGAUCCCGACAGGCAACUGGAGCGAUACACGUCUCAGUUUUACCUCAAGUUUCGCCACCUGGAGCGCGCGUUUGAUAUUCUCGCCGAGAGCGGUUUCCACAUCGUCGCGUGCAAUUCAUCACUCACCACAUCUCCUCACAUCAGACAAACAGACGACAAAUUCUGGUCAAACAACACAGAGUAUGUUUUCUAUCGUGGUCCAUCCGUAUGGUCGUCUUCUCACUGCGACUGCUGCUGCAAGAGUCACAAGAGCGAACGCGGGGGCGAGAGCGGCACAUCCCUCAACGACCUCUCCACUUCCUGUUCCGAGACCCAAUCGGAAGCCAGCUCACCCCAGGAAACGGUCAUUGUUCGUCCAGUCACCCGCCAGCCCAACAUCCAGACUCUAGACCGUCCGGUGAAAAAGGGCCCGACUCCAAUUCCAAGGAGAACUGACCUGCUUCGCGUCCGGACCACAGGGCCACGUGAUUCAAUGGCGGGAAAGAGGAAACCAGCCAAGGAGAAGCUGACCACGGAGCAGGAGCUGGAGAAGUGCAUCCAAGAUUUCCGACGGAUUAAAAUUCCGGAACGCUUUCCGGAGAGGAAGAACAUGUGGCAAUCAGAGCUCUUGAAAAAAUAUAAACUUUAAAAUGAGUCUAUUAGACAACACAACAAAACUUCAGUGCAUAAGAUGACUUUAUAAUUCUUCUUCUGCUUGGAUGUAAUUGGCUGGUCUUUGUGUGCAAAGCAUCCAAAGCAUUCCUAACAGGACCGAUUCAAUUUUGCCACAAAGCACAAUGACACCAAACUCGAAACUAAUUUUACAGUGUCUAGACAACACAAACCUCUGAAUUACAUAUUAUAUUGUACAGUAUGUAUACAACAUAAGCACAACAGCAUAUUAACCGAUAAUGCAGUUUCGCACAGUGUAUACACAAUACUUAAGUGCAGCAGAAUUCCUAUGUGAAUGUGUUUUGCAUCUGGUUAGUAAUGGUUAAUAUUAACACAAAUAUACAGUUUAUUUCAAGACCUAAAUACUGUAAAAUGAGUGCAGUAUGUUCCCACAGUAAACAAAAGACAAUGCAUGUUCUUUUACUCCAUUAAGUUUGUGUUCACUUACCUAAAUCCGACUAAAGUUAUCAAACACACGAGAGAGGUUUAAAUAAUAUAUUAGCUUCUUGUGUAUGUGAAUAUUUGUGCAGAGACUGUUGUUGUGCCUGUUGUGGGUAUUCUGAUUUUUUUUGUUCUGAAUGUGCAACGAAUCAUUAAAUGAACUGAGUUUAAAAUACCAUUCGUUUACCCGAGUCAUUAUAAUCCAGGCGCAUUGCAAAGUUUUCGAAUCGGCUUGGCAUUUCAACAGGAUGAGAGACAUCAAAAGCUGGUUGUGUUUUAUUUGUGUCAAACUAAUGUAUGUGUGCAAAUCUGAUAAAUGUAAGAAGGUGUAAACAAAGUGACAAGAUCAUUGUGUAUUAUUACGGAUUAUGAGCUUUGCUGAAUUUAACA